UACCGAUGGCCGGUACAAUGAAGCAAAGUCCGAAAAAAUCGUCCUCCGCGAAGGUGAAACAACGUACGAAAUCCUCCAGCGGAGGCACUAGCAGCAACAAUAACACCAGCAACAACAGUUCCCAUCAGCAACACUCGUCCUCGGGGUCCAACAACUCCCUGCCCCACAAUCAACUCCCAUCCCAUUCGCACGCCAAGCAGGCCACACAGCACAGCGAUUCUUCCGGGAAUGAUGCUUCCGGCAUGGGACAAGCAAAGGAAAAGGCAUCCUUUAAGGCGUACGCCGGGUUGAGCCCCCGUUCCGUUCGAACGGCCUGGGAGCAGCACGACAAGCAGGAAACCGAAGUGUCGGCGGAAGUGUACGAAAAACUGGCCAAGGACACAACCUACAAACUGUGGGAGCUUGUCAAUAACAUCAAAACGUACAGCCGACAUUCGAGCGGGCGGGUCACGUAUAACUUGGUGAACGAGGUCCUGAAAGAUUCGGACGUGCCACCGAUCGUCGGUGCAAACAGUCAACCGUGGGACAAAAUCGAGUACGAUGGAGCAUACUUUUUCAAUACGGACGAGGUGCUGGAUCUACGAGAAGAGUACAUUAAGGACGUUACGAUGGAGCAGGACAAUGUGCCGGUCCUCUCCACCACCUGGAUGGCCGAAGCCGACAUUGCGGAGGAUUUGAUUGGGAUGUACAACAACAUUUGCGAUGCUAUUUUUAUCGGAGACGAUGACUGCUUUAACGCGGCAAUCGACAUUCUGCGCUGCAAUCAGCACACACCGUCGUUGAUGAAGUUGCUACUAACGAAAUCCAUCGAAAUGCUAGGAUUCGAGUACACCGAGGAUACACUGGACCGUUCGCUCGACUAUUUGGAAGCAUUAACACACAACGAUCAUAUCUCCCAUUCCGACCUGACGCUCGAGCUGUGCAUGCUCGAUCAGCUAUUUGUCAACUUGCUACUCGGUCCACCGGGUUACGUUCACUUGAAGCUACUGUCCGGCUCCGGCGAACCGCCAGUGGCGGCCAUGAAUGGAACCGUUCCUGACGAUCAGCAACAACAGCAGCCGCAACAGUUGGAUGUAAUUUCACCCCUUUUCAACCAAUCGAUGGCGAUGCUCGAGAACAACCUCCCGGCGGCCGAUGACUCGAACAAUUCCAACUCAAACGCCACGGAAGAACUGUUGCGAAGCAUCGAAAACAUUAAAGACGGUGCGGAUGGCAUCGAUAUUAACAUCAAGGACGAAUAUGAGGCCCUCUUCUCGAUGGUGCAGGGGCUGGGCAAGCAGGACGAUGCGGCAGUAGAGGGCGAAACGACCGCUGUCACCGGUAUUACCGGCGCUGGGUUUCAGGUGAAAACGGAAUUCGAUCCACAGGCUGCGUACGAUGAUGCUGCGGCAGCAAACUUUAUCGUGCAACAGUCACUAGAAUCUCAACAACAGCAACCGCAACAACAGGAACUGUCGCUUCCCGGCGCAAUGCUGUCGAGUGAUCUGCUUUCCACUGGCCCUCUAGUUCGCGGUGAGGUCAAAGUAAAGCACGAGCAACUACCAAGCACCACACCGACCCUGGUCGAUGCCGAUCCGGAGGAGAAUGUGAGCCUACAGAUGUCGGAGAGCAGUGACGGUGCGGAGGAGGUCCACAAUCCUAACUCGACGACACUGGAGAGCGAAAACAUUACCACGCUGAUCUGUGCCGACAGACUGGUGGAUCGUGUGUGCCGUGUGAUUGGUCUCUACGCCGGCAAGUGGGGGUUCGUGGAGCAGGAGUGCACCUUUUUGCUGGUGGAACGCCUGCAGCGCUACUUUCAGGAGCGCAAAACGACCACCAUGGACUGGAACUGGUUGUCGCGCAUUUUGCGCGGUUUGUGGGCCGUUGGUGAGUUUGCGAUGCGCGAACUGUUGCCGUACUUCUACCAGAUCGACAGCCAAGCCGUGCCAGAGUGGCUGGUGCCGCAUUUUAGUGCUACCGGCAUUUUUCUCAACGGGAGGUCAGAUAUCUUUUUCUACGAGUAUUUGUACGACAUCUGCGGCGACAGUUUGGGACCGUUUAUGCUAAGCUACGAGCAAUACAUCGAAAGCCGGUACUUGAAGUACAACCGGCGUAGGUUGACGAUUAUCAAGGCGAGCAAUUGUUACAAGGUGGUCGCAAAAGUGGUACCACAUCUUUUGCCUACGUCCUACGUACCACGAUCGAAGAAAACCUCAAAGAAAAUGAUGCAAACGUGGUUCGAGGAGUGGCAACCGAAGCGAUUGCCGGCCGUCGUUCAUCCGAGUCAAACUCCGCGAGCGCGGAUUGGGUUUCGAUUUUCCGGUUGUCGGCCGCUGCCACUGAAAACGGUAAAUCGUUCCCGGAACAAGGGUGCGUUGGCCACACCUGCGGCAGCAAUCAGCACUGCGGAAUUGAAGCCAACCGUCGAGCUAUGGAAGAACGCGAAAGUUGUAGUCGGUAAACGGAAGCUUUUGAAGCCGGCAACAAACGAACCGCCAAGGCAGUACGUAUUUUGCUACGGAUCGUGUACCAUGUAGACGAGACGAGUAUC